ACAGGUCCGUGGGAGAUCUCCUAUAGGUUUAAACGUUAAACAGGCGGUGUGGGUUUACAAUGAGGAAAGCGGAGACACGAUUACAAUGGAUUCGUGAAUAAAAUCAAGCUUAUCUUGUAGAGACAUGAGACUCGCUGGAUACGCGUUGUACGGCUUUGCUCUUGGGCUUUUGCUCGUGGGUUUGCUGGAUUUAUUGUUUGGUUUCGGGGAGAACCGAUGCAGCAUGACAUACAUGUUCGAGUACCCAGAAUACCGACGCGUGCAGCUUCCGAGGCGUGUCGCGCGCCAGUACCCAUCAUACGGGCUGUAUCUGUACGGAGAGGGCGCAUACGCUCAGGAGAGCAGAGGACUCAAGCUCACCGGCGCACCUGUGCUCUUCUUGCCUGGGAACGCGGGCAGCUACAAGCAAGCUCGUUCUCUGGGUUCAGUGGCGCUGAGGAAGGCUGAGAACCUGGACAGACGAAUCCAUAUGAACGUGUUCACCAUUGACUUCAACGAGGAGUUGGUGGCUCUGUAUGGGGGCAGUUUGCGCAGACAGACUCAAUUUCUACAUGAAAGCAUCAAAGCCAUCUUGCGGCUUUACAAGGACCGUCCAGACCCUCCCACAGGUGUGGUUCUGGUGGGUCACUCCAUGGGUGGAGUGGUGGCAAGAGCUUUGUUCGCCCUGGCACGUUUCAACCCACGUCUGGUCAGCCUCAUCAUCACCCAGGCCUCCCCUCACCAGGCACCUGUCCUGUCCCUGGACCCUUAUAUACUGGAGUUUUACUCUAGAGUCAGACAUCGCUGGGCCACAAGUGCUGAAGAGCUUCGAAAUGUAAGCGUUCUCUCUGUGGGUGGUGGUUACCUUGACUUCCAGGUGCGCUCUGGUUUGACCGCGCUCUCCUGUCCCAUUGAUGACCUCAAUAAGAUGUCAGUAGUGGCAACUGCAGUUCCCCGAAGCUGGGUUUCCACGGAUCAUAUUUCCAUUGUUUGGUGCAAGGAGCUGGUUCUGGCCACAGUCCGGGCAUUCUUCGACCUUAUUGAACCUGAAACCGGGCAGUUCACAGAGAGUCCUGAGAAGCGGAUGUCCGUGCUGAACUAUCACUUCUUUAGACAUCCAGUGCUGAAACCCGGAGGAGCACAGGAUGACCCUAUCACUUUCUCAGCUCCUCCUGAGGCUUGGAAGGAGGUCAACACACUCCGUCUGUUCUACAGUGCCCCCAAGGAAGCUCAAGUCAAGCAUUUCCUGUUUGCUCUCUCCAGUCGAAGGAAAGCUUACAGUCAUUUCCACUGCCGCAGUAAUAAUAUGGAAAUGACCAGCUGGCUGUACAACUCCACACAAAAAAAAAACAAAAUUUGUGUUCAGGCAGUAGAUCUCUCAUCUCAGACAGAACUUCUUCCAGCUUAUAAGGCUGUAACAGUAAAAAUCAGUGAGCUUUUGUCUGUUUCUCAUCUCAUCAUUGAUGCCUCGAACCCCAGUGGAGCACAGUUUGUGGUGGAGUGUGAGCUGCAGAGAGAGGAGAGCUUGACUGUCUCAGUGCAGGUGCCUCAUGUGCUGUCCUUUGGUCUGACUGUCAGUGACAUCAGCAUUAACUCCUCUGGGCUGCUUCAUACACUACAGCUUCAAGACUUUCAUCAGGUUUAUCAAGCUUUUAGAAUAACAAUCACGAGUCACUGUAAAACCACUAAAGACAGACUGCCCAGUGUGUACAGACUGAGAGUACCUUGGUUUCAUGAAGACUCCUUUGAUACUGCAAGUAUUCCUUCGGUGUCUGAAAUCUACAGCAUGCUUCACUCUAGCAGCCCAGACAACGCCUCCAGUGCCCUCCUGCAGCUCCACACUGCCCCCAACUGCCAAUACAAGGUGUCUAUUCGGACUUCGUUUCCCAAAGUGCUUGGGCAGAUUCUGCGUUUCUGCGGUCCAGUUCUCCCUGUCUACUCUGCUGUAGUGCUUCUUUUGAUGAUCAGGACUCAGCUGAGCUCCAUCAAAAGAUCUGGACAUCCUGUUGGAAUCCAAGAGGGCAUGAGUAAAUCCUUACAGCUCCACAUACUGGAACUGCCCAUCCUCCUGCUGCUGCUGCUGCUCAGGCAGAGCUGGUUUCAGGAUGUCUGGUUCUCUCUGGGUCUCCCUGCGGUGGAUGCUCUUCCUCUAAACUCUGUGGAGGGCCUAUCCCAGGAUCCAACGGCCUCUGUGCAGGAAUGGCCCCGUCUAGUGUCCCCACUGCUCUGUGUGCUUGGUGCAUCCAUUGCAUUCUGGGGUAGCACAGUCCUCAGAGUGUUUGUCUCUUUCCUGUCCUUUUUUCUUGCUCCACUGCACAGACCUUCAGUGUCUCGGGAUUGCGGAACACUUCGUCUUCAUUCUCAGAUUCUCCUGAUUAUCUUUUUGAGUGUGUUGGGAGGAGUCACAUGUGGAGCGCUGGCUCUUAUGCUCUCCUCUCUUCUCCACUUCUACAGGGUACUUAGAUUACAGAUGACUGAGAGAUCACUGAGCCACAUGUUGAACCUGGCACCCCAGAAAGUUUCACAAAACUCAGAAAAUGGUUUUGGUGCCAGUGACUGUCACAGUAAGGUUAAAGAAUGUAACGGCAGCCCUUUACUGUCAGAAUCAGUGCUACAGGACGUCAGAGAUGAUCUGCAGCUCCACUUUAGUCUGUUCACACUGCUUACUUUUACCAUGAUGCUCAGUUUCCCUUCCCUUCUCCACUGGAAGCACAAUCUCAGAUAUUGGAUUCAUCUGGAUCCUGACCCCUGCUGGCCUCACAUUGUACCUUUGCUCAUCAGCUCUGUGCUGCUCAUCGGCUGUAAAACAGAUCAUCUUCUGCGCAGCAAACUGAUGCUGAAUCUGACGCGUCAUCUACUGUUGCCGCUGUGUGUGGGCAUGCUGGCUUUUUGUCCGCUGCACAUUUAUAGAGUCACUUAUUUCCUGUCUACAGCUCUGACCCUCUUGGUAUGUUCUUGCUACUUUUGACCUACCUGCAAACUUUAAACGUGAGUCUGCACUGAGAUUAGAAAAAUACCUGGGCCUUGUAAAAACUCAUACCAGAUUAGACCAAAACAGCCUUAUAACCCUGUGUGUAUUCCGUGGGAUCACAUGGACUAGUGACAUCAGUGGACCAGCACAUCCGGAGUCAUGUGACUUGUUGUUUGUCACCAUUUGUAGCUUCUGUACAGGGUAUUAUACUUGUUAAUGGUGGUAUGUCUGUAUUCAUGAGCAAUACCUCUUGUUCGUGAGGCUAAUUUCCCAGACACAUAUUAAGCCUUGGCCAGAACUAAACUAAAGUCUAAGACUGUCUGAGAAACUAGCUUUUACUGGGGGGUGUGUGUGUGUGUGUGUGUGUGUGUGGUGGGGGUAUUAAUUAUAAAGUUCAACAUGAAAUCAUAAUUGAUAAGGAUACACAAAAUAUCAAUGUAUAUAUAAUACAUUUUUAUUUAUUUGUUAAUUUUUCAGUAUCUGGUAUUUCUCUGGUAUUAUAAUUUUGAGAUGCCUAAAUUCACUUUAAAUGGUUGUUUUUCAUUUUUAGUGAUUUAUUUUUUAUUUAUUUAUGUGAAAUGGUAUAUAACAUUAUUAUCUUUUAUCUGUAUCAGCUAGAAUUUAAAAAAUGGUGCCCUAUCAAUUGAACCUGUUUACUUCCUGAUAUUGUGUGGAUUAUCAGUGCAUGUUAUUCCAAAAUGGGUUACGGAUGCAUUUUCAUGUUGACUUUUAAGGGUGUUAAAGCAGCUUUAGGUGUUUGUUUAGCUUUUCUGCAAUUCACUAUCUAUGUGUGAGCGUGACUGGAUCUCUGCCUAUUCUAUCUUCAAUCUGUCAUUUCUGCCUUAAGCCAUUUAGCUUUGAAUGCACAUGUAAUGCCUAUAGGUGCUGAAGUACCUCGGUGUUUGACAGAUCACUUGUUCUUAACACUCUUUUGCAUUAGCUGAAGCUGUAAGGCAAGUCUAAGUAGUAAACAUUUCAUCUGGAGGUGUUAUCUUGAGUUUUGUGAGAUGCAGUCGUGAAACUGGACUGACAAGCAAUAUGAUGAUUUUUAUAUAAAUGUGCACAAUUUGUGGUGUUAAAAAGACAUCACAGGUACAUUUAUGUUAUAGUGUAGUCUUAUAACCUGAGACAAAUUAAUAGAAACACUGCCACAGUCACAGCAGCCAUGAGAUUGUUGCUGUCUGCACAGCUUUUUUUGAUGAAUGAUGUUGAUGUUCCAUCUGCGUUCCUCACACGUUGCUCAGCUGCAUCCAUCUGAUCCGUCAUCAUUUGGUCUGCUCAUGACGGCAGAUAGUCUGAUUCAUGAACGCUUACCUGAGAGCUGAAAUUAUACUUUGUCAUCAUAUACUGAAUCAAAUGAGAGAACGGUGCCUUUCUUGUAAUAUGCCCCUGCUUCUCUAAUACUCAUUUACAAUUUAACAUUAUCAUAGAGGACGGGUGUUAAGGAUGUUUGUCAGUCCAUCCAAGUAGUCUGAUAUUUAACCGAAUGUCCCCCUCUCACAGGAU